ACUUUUUGGAUGAGUACGAAGAAAAUAAGCACUACAACAGCAAAAAUUUUCAAAUGCCCGUAAAAAAUGAUUGUAAUAUAUUUUUUAUCAUUUCUCAUAGUUAGUGCAACAGCUAGUGACUUUGAUAAUCCAAAUGAGGUAUUUGUGGUAAUAGGAUCUACAGAAAGUUUAUUGUGCCAAGCAAAUGAACAGGUUGUUUGGUGGACAAAAGACAACAAAAACAUAACUCUUGAGGAUAAAAGAUUUUCUUGGAAUACAACAGAAAACUCUCCAAAUGACGAUGAAAAUGAAUUGAAAUUAAUAAAGCAGCAUACUUUUAGUCAUACUUUGACGUUAAUAAAUGUUAGUAAAGAGUAUUCGGGAAAUUAUUUGUGUCACUUUCCGGAAAAUGAAAAUGAAAGAAAUGUUACAUCUCAAGUAUCUCACGUUGUAGUCGCUGUGCAAAUACCAAUUAUUCGAUCUCCUGCAUAUGAAGAAAUUAAGUUAAAAGAGAAGGAUGCAAAGAGUUUCUCACUAAAUUGCAUCGUCGAGGCAUUUCCUCCUAAUUUAUUCAAUAAGUCGAUUAAAUGGGAAAAAGAGACGGUGGAUAAUUUUGAGAACAAAGAUGCUUCUGAUUCAUCGGAAAUUAACACGAUACUUGCAAAUAGAACGGAAAUUAUCACUAACGAUACUCACAUUAUCGCUCAAGUGACGAUUGAUAAAGCAACAAAGAAGCAUAAUGGAACGUAUAUUUGUUCAGUUCUUCAGCCGAGUAUUUUGGAUAAGCCAUUCGAAGAGAAAAUCGAGAAACGAACAUCCAUUUUAAUCCAGAGUGCACCAAUUAUUGACAUUAGUUUCGCUAAGGCUAUCGGACGAAAUAGAAUAUUUCUUAAUUGGACAGUAACUGAUAAUGGAAAUUCAAAGAUUAUAUCGAUCCUACCUCAAUAUAAGCAUGACGAUGAGCAGAAUUUUCAAUAUACUCCCAAUCGUGUUGAAGGAAAUGCUACUUCGAUGGUUAUUGACAAAUUACUUGCUAGUACUAAAUACAAGCUAAAGAUAUCAGCUAGAAAUGAGAUUGGAAGUGGCCCAGUUACUGAAUGGGCCCCAUUAGUUCAGACUUUAUCAGAAGAUCCGGUGUUUGUUCCUAUCGUAGAAGUUAAAGGCAAUUCACAUUCAACGAUAACAAUUGGCUGGCAACCACCUCCACCAGAUUUACUAGACUAUAUUCAUUAUUAUGAAGUAGAAGUUUAUCAGCAAAAUUAUACUAAUGUCGAGAAAGCAUUUCAUGCUCAAAACUCGAGAAAUUUACCAUACAUGGCUAGCGAAUUGUUAACGGCUACUGAAUAUUUCUUUAAAGUUAGAGCAUGUAGUGAAUAUAACAAGGAAUGUGGAAACUGGUCAGAAGUUGUAAAUGGAACAACAAUGGAUGGAAGUUCAGGCCCUCCUGACGAAGUUAAAGUUACUUGUAUGCAUCAUAAUGUCUCAAAGCGUAAUUUUGUGCAUGUAGAAUGGACAAAGCCAUCAAAAGCAAAUGGAAUUGUUAUGUCCUAUCAAGUUCUUUUGGAAGGUCUUGCUCAUUUUAAGUCUGAUCAAGGACUUUAUAUUAACCAAACUUAUGGUCCAAAAGCUAAGAAUAUUGACAAAUCACAGGAUACGAAGGCAACAUAUGAAAACGUUCCACCAAAUACUAAUUUCACCGUAAGUGUUGCAGCUGUCACAAGAAGUAAAAAGCCUGGUGAUAAAAGAUAUGCAAAUUGUACGAUGCCUCCAACAGUACCAGAUCAAAUUGGAAAAACUAUCUUUGGAAAACAUUUAACUGAAGAGUAUAAUUGGGUUUUUAAACUAUUCUUACCUCGAGUCUCUGAACGAAAUGGCAAAAUUUGUUGUUAUCGAAUCUACAUGAUAAAAAUCAACAAUCAUUUUAACAUAGAGCAACAACCUGAUGAUUUAGACAUCAUAACAUUUAAUGAGGCACACAAUGAUAAUAGCUCUGCUUUUGGAGCAUACAUUGCUGAUAUUAUUUCAAGUAAUCAUUAUAAAUCAGAAGUAUUACUUGGAAGUGGAAAACAUCACAUUUACACCAAAUCUAGUUUUAGUAACAAGUGCAGUGGAUGCUUAAUGAAUAUAACCAGAAAGAAGGCACAAAUUGUCAUAGACUCUAUUGAUAUUAACAAUAAUAAUAAUAAUAAUAAUGCUGCUGAUGAAGAUGACAAAGUUGAUGAAUCGGAAAGUAAUAAGAAUGUGUCUGCAAAUGACGAGAAAGAGGAGAAAAUUGAAAUUAAGGAUAAUGAAAGUCGAAGGAAAAGACAUGACCAGUUUGAGCCAAAACAACUUAAUAUAUUAUCUCUAAAUCAUGCAGCUGAAAAAUCUUCAGAAAAUGUUGAUCUAUAUGAUGGGCCUUUGGAUAUUCAAAGUAAUUAUACUGGCUUCAUAGAAGUCGUCGUAGAAAAUGAGGAUAUGGAUGAUAAGACCUUGUCAAUAUAUAGCGAUUACUUUUCUCCAUUAUCACCAAAACCCCCAGUUCCGUCGGAAACUAUUGAAAAUAAUGAUAUGUUAAUGGCUAUUACAUAUUUACUUGCUGGAUUAAUUGUUUUGGUAAUUUCACUAUUCUUUUUAUUAUGCUUGCUACAUCGCUAUCAAAAGAAGCACAUUAUGCAAGGUAAUGAAGUGGUUAGUUUAACUGAUUCAUUAAGGCUUUUAUGUCAUGGCGGUCGUGCAAAUCAUCAUCAACAUCGUUCACUCAAUACUGUUUCGAAACCACCUGAUUUACCACCAAUUCAGAAAAAUGAUCUUCCUCAAGCUUACACAGAUCGUCAUAAAGAUUCUGAUUAUGGCUUUCAACAUGAAUUUGAAAUGCUCCCCGAUCGCUUUACGGAUCGUACUUCUCGUUCUGGAGACAUGAAAGAGAAUGUCUAUAAAAAUCGCUAUCCAGAUAUUAAGUCAUAUGAUCAAACACGAGUAAAGUUAUCAUCCUUAAAUGGAAUUAUUGGCAGCGAUUAUAUAAAUGCAAAUUUCGUUAUUGGAUAUAAAGAGAGGAAAAAGUUUAUUUGUGCACAAGGACCGAUGGAUAGUACAGUCAAUGACUUUUGGAGAAUGGUUUAUGAGCAACACUUGGAAAUUAUUAUAAUGCUCACUAAUCUCGAAGAAUAUAAUAAAACAAAAUGUGCCAAAUACUGGCCAGAAAGAAUUUCUGAGACAGUCCAAUUCGGAGACAUUACAGUUCAUUUUGAUAGCGAACAUCGCUAUUCGGAUUAUCUCGUUAGAAAUCUAAAGAUAAUCAAGAGAAAUGCCAAUUCUGAUAUGGAAUCUAACUCAGACGAGCCAUCUAGACAUAUAACUCAAUACCAUUAUUUAGUUUGGAAAGAUUUUCAAGCACCAGAGCAUCCUUAUGGAAUUUUGAAAUUCAUUAAAACUAUCAAUUCAGACUAUUCCGUUCAACGUGGACCAUUACUUAUACAUUGUUCUGCAGGAGUUGGACGAACUGGAACAUUAGUGGCUCUAGAUUCACUAAUUCAACAGAUGAACGAGGAAAAUCAGGCUUCUAUUUUUAAUACAAUAUGCGAUAUGCGCCAUCAAAGAAAUUAUUUGGUUCAAUCAUUGAAACAAUAUAUAUUUUUAUAUCGAGCAUUGCUUGAUGUAGCACAUUUCGGAGACACAGAGUUGCGAUAUAAGGGCUUAGCUCCCGCAGUAGAAAGUUUAAAGCAGCGAUCUAGUGAUAGCAAGGAGCAAUCAAAAUUGGAGCAACAAUACGAUAAAAUUAGAUCGAUUCAAGAUGAUAUUAAGAAAACAUGUGCUGUAGGAAGCGGUGAUGAGAAUUUAGCAAAAAAUCGUAGUGAAGAAAUUAUUCCUUUCGAUAGAAAUCGAGUAAUUUUAACUCCAAUUCCUGGCCGAGAUCAUUCCACGUACAUUAAUGCUUCAUUUAUGGAAGGCUAUGAUAAUCAUGAAUCCUUUAUUAUUGCACAAGAUCCAUUAGAGAGCACAAUAUCUGAUUUCUGGAGGAUGGUUUCAGAACAAAGCAUACCGACAAUUGUGAUGAUGUCAGAAAUUGGUACAACGGAGAAUAAAUGUCCACGAUAUUGGGCUGAUGAUGAGAUUCAAUAUGAUCACAUUUUAGUCAAGUAUGUUCAAAGCGAAAGUUGUCCAUAUUACACAAAGAGAGAAUUUUCAGUUACAAAUUGCAAAAUAAAUGAUACAAUUAAUGUUACACAUUUUCAAUACAAUGGAUGGCCAACGGUCGACGGCGAAGUGCCAGAAGUUACUCGCGGAAUCUUAGAAAUAGUGCACCAAUCUCAAAAUCAUCAUCAAUUAAGAAUUGACGAAGAUAAUACACCAAAACCAAUGCUCGUUCAUUGCUGCAAAGGAACUGAUCGUAGCUCAAUAUUUGUCGCAAUGUGCAUUUUGGUUCAACAAUUACGUUUAGAGAAAAGAGUUGAUAUACGAGUAAUUACACAAAAACUUCGAACACAACGAGCUCAAAUGAUUGAUUCGGUAAAUGCAUAUGAAUUUUUGCACCGGGCUCUAGUAGAUUUUGCUAAUUUGCACAAAAGCUCCUUUGAAAAUUCUCCUUCCUAAAAACGUGAGAAGAAAAAAAAUAUAUUUUUAAGUAAGUUUUUUUAAACAGCAGCAGCAACACAAUUCAGCAACCAAAAGUUUUAUUCUUUUUUUUUUUGAUUAUUUCUAUAUACCUAACACCUUUUUAUACAACAAACUAUCUAUGUACCGUCAAUAGAAAAUAUUUUUGGAAUAUUUUAAUAAUUUAACUCUUUCAUAUAAAGUUCAUAAUUAUUAAGGAUAGAUUUUCAUUUUGAAACUUGAUAAAAAAAACAACCAUCUAAUUUUUGAUAUUUAAAGAAAAUUUCUAUAAAACAUAGGUUUAAUAUUUAUACUCUAUACAUGAGAAAAGAAAGAUAAUUGACAAAAAUAUUUCUAAAUGUUUCUAUCAAAUAUUUCAAAUAAUACCUAAUUGUGUUUUAAAAUUUGCAAGCUAAACAAGAAAUGACUUUUUUAAUUCGAUGCUGAAAUUUAUCUUUAGUUCCUUCAAUAAAUUCGAUCCAUUCAAAGGAUUGAAGAAAUAAGAUAAACACGCAGAAAAUGAUAAAACAUAACUUUUUUACCAAAAAAUACAUGAAACAAAUUGAGUUUAAACUAGAAAUAUGAGAAGUACAGCUAAAGUGCAAAAUGCCGUAUAAAUAGUAAAUAUUAUAAGAAUAAGUAUGUGUGAAUUUCUUUUAAAAGCUACUCAUAUUUGCAUUAGCUAUUCUGUUCAUCAUAAAAAUUAUAAUGUUCUUGAGAAUUUGGAAAAAGUAACUAGUAAUUAAUCGUAGAUGCGAAUCUCAAGAGAAAUGAAUAAAAGUGUUGUAAGGGAAAUAAAAAUAAAAACAAAAAAAACUUUAGAUAUAAGUGAUAAAAAAUUUGAACUGUUCGCAAAAUAUUUUAUAUUUAAUCAUAAUUAAUCUAGAUAAUACGAAGAAAUCAUCAUUCAUUCAUUCAAGUAUGCCAUAGCGUUUGCAAGUUAUUAAAGAAGAAAAAAAGUAUGAUAAUAUUAAUUAAUAAUCUUUUACAAAAUUGGAAAAGUAAUAAAGGCUUUUGUAUAACAAAGAUGAGAAGAAUAGAUGAAAACCAUUCCGAAUUUUUUUUAGCAUCACUCAUAUAAGAAGAAAAAUGAACAAAACAAAAAAAAAAUAAUAUAUCUCUAGUCUUGUAGAAAUUAAAUCAAUGAUACUUGCUGCUUUUUUAAAAAAAGAAAUAUGAAAAUCAAGAUUUUUUUGUUUCAUCAAUUGAUUGUUUUUGCCAAUCGACAGUUACUUUGUGUUCACAUUAAACUUCAUUUAUGUAAUCCAUG